GUCAACGAAGGUGUUUUCCUUCGGAUUUGCUGUUAUUUCUGAGCGUCCUGAACAAACAUUGGCCAGAAUGGUGGAUGAUAGCACUAGGAAAACACUGAGUAACAUUCCACUGUUACAGAUAAGGGCUGGGCCACGUGAGAAGGAUGUUUGGGUGCAGAGGCUGAAAGAGGAAUAUCACGCGCUGAUUAUGUAUGUGAAGAACAAUAAGCAGUCGGGCAGCGACUGGUUCCGGCUGGAGUCCAACAAGGAGGGCACCAAAUGGUUUGGAAAAUGCUGGUACAUGCACAACCUCCUAAAGUACGAAUUCGAUGUGGAGUUUGACAUUCCAGUGACAUACCCAACGACGGCACCCGAAAUCGCCCUGCCCGAGUUGGAUGGCAAGACGGCAAAGAUGUAUCGCGGCGGCAAAAUUUGUCUAACAGAUCACUUCAAGCCCCUGUGGGCACGCAAUGUUCCCAAAUUUGGAAUUGCCCAUGCCAUGGCUUUGGGACUGGCUCCCUGGUUGGCUGUGGAGGUUCCAGACUUGAUCGAAAAGGGCAUCAUCACAUACAAGGAGAAAUAAUUAAAGUUUUGUUUCGUUACGAGAAACGUGAGAGCAAGAAAAUGAACAUAUGCAAUUCAAUAUGAAA